AUGAACAACAAGGAAGAGAAAGAAAGCCGUAGCAAUUGGGUCGCUGUUGAAGCGCAAUUCCAGAAUGGUGAAGUAGGUGCAAAUCAGUUAACAAAGCCCAAGAGUGCUUACCAAUUCUUUCAAAAACGCAUAAUGAAUGAUACUAAGCAAGAAUUAAGUAUGAAAGCAGCUGAGGCAAAUGAAUCCAUGGAACUUGGUAGUCUUUCAAAGGAAAUUAGUGCACGCUGGGCACAACUAUCGACUGAAGAUCGUCAAGAGUUUGUAGAACUUGCUGUCCUUGAUAAGAAACGAUAUGAUGAUGAAUGUCGUGUACGUGAUGAAGAGGUGGAGAAACAGCGUGCAAAGAAAAGAGAAGAAAUGUAUGGUAUGGUAGAGGGCAAACGUGAGCGCAAGAAGAAUCCAAUAGUGAUGAAUGAAAUACGAUCAAAGAAUCAGCCACGUGAACUUACUGAGAAGCAGAUGGAGACCAAGAGAUUGAGAAAAGAAAUUCGACAGCAGGAACUGAAUGAACGAGAUGAACUCAAAGCAGAAGAAAAACGACAGAAAGAGGCACUUGCAAAAAAGAGAUCGGAAAUUGCAUCGGCUAGACUCAAGUACUUGCUUUCACAGAGUGAUAUGUUUGCUCACUUUAGUGGACAAGUGCAAAAGAAGGGCAAGAAAGGAGCGGCAUUAGAUGUGGACGGAGAGAAUAAAGAAAGUAUCGACAAUACGAACACUAAGAAGACAAAAGGAAAAAGGAAAGCCAAGCAACGUAUAUCAAAAGAUGAAGAAGACGAGAUGGACUCGUCGCAUCACGUAGGCGUGCGUCUCACAAAGCAGCCAUCGGUGAUUAAGUUCGGCACAAUGCGAGCGUAUCAAUUGGAAGGUCUUAGCUGGAUGGUGAACCUUGCACACCAAGGUAUCAACGGUAUUCUUGCCGACGAGAUGGGUCUUGGUAAAACACUUCAGACGAUCUCUGUGCUAGGCUACUUCCUCGAGUUUGAAAACAUAACAGGCCCGCACAUUGUGCUGGUACCCAAAUCAACGCUGAGUAACUGGCUGACGGAAUUUGAGCGCUGGUGUCCGUCUCUGCGUGCUGUCAAGUUUCAUGGCAACAAAGAGGAACGCCUACGAUGUGUGCAGGAGGUGCUUUGUCCCGGUUUGUCGGACGCCAAACGCAAGUUUGAUGUGUGUGUGACAACUUUUGAAAUGUGUCUAAAGGAAAAAUCUGCGCUAUGCAAGUUUGCUUGGAGGUACCUUAUCAUUGAUGAGGCGCACCGUAUCAAAAACGAAAGCUCUCAGUUUUCCACUGUUGUUCGAAUGCUUGACACAGAGCAUCGUCUGUUGCUGACGGGCACACCUCUCCAGAACAACUUGCACGAGUUGUGGGCUUUGCUAAACUUUUUGCUGCCCGAUGUGUUCGCAUCAUCACAAGAGUUUGAUGACUGGUUCAACCUGGAUGUGGAUGAUGACGAAGCCAAGAAGCAGAUGAUCAGCCAGUUGCACAAAAUUCUUCGUCCAUUUAUGUUGCGUCGUCUCAAGGCGGAUGUUGAGAAGAGUUUACCGCCAAAGAAAGAAACGCUGCUGUUUGUAGGUAUGUCUGGAAUGCAGAAGGUCCUGUAUAAGUCCCUAUUGCUCCGUGAUAUGAACACGAUCAUGGGCGGAUCAAGUGGCGUCUCCAACAGUGCACUACAGAAUAUUGUCAUGCAAUUACGAAAGUGCUGUGGUCAUCCGUACUUAUUUGAAGGGCAGGAGGACCGGUCUCUAGAUCCGUUAGGGGAGCACGUGGUAGAAAAUUGUGGUAAAAUGGUAUUGAUGGACAGGCUGCUCAAGAAGCUCAAGCAGCGCGGGUCCCGCGUUCUUAUCUUUACCCAAAUGACUCGUGUUUUGGACAUUAUGGAGGACUUUUGUCGGAUGCGCCAGUACGAUUACUGUCGCAUUGAUGGUCAGACGUCGUAUGAGGAUCGCGAGAGCUCUAUUGAUGAGUACAACAAACCAAACUCGUCCAAGUUUCUGUUUCUUCUAUCCACUCGUGCAGGUGGUCUUGGUAUCAACUUGUACACAGCAGACGUCGUAAUUCUGUAUGACUCGGAUUGGAACCCGCAAGCUGAUUUGCAGGCUCAAGAUCGUGCGCAUCGUAUUGGCCAGAAGAAGGAGGUAAACGUGUACCGCUUGGUGACAGCGGAUUCAGUAGAGGAGAAAAUCAUUGAGCGCGCACAACAGAAGCUCAAAUUGGACGCUAUGGUUGUACAGCAAGGUCGGCUGCAGGAAAAACAGACGAAACUUACGAAAACUGACAUGCUCGAGAUGAUACGAUUUGGCGCCGACCAAGUGUUCCGCACUACCGACUCGACAAUUACGGACGAAGACAUUGAUGCUAUUCUUGCAAAGGGAGAGCAACGCACAGAAGAGAUGAAGCAAAAAAUGCAGGUGCACGACAAGGGUGACAUGCUUGACUUCAAACUUGACGGCGGAGGUUGCCAAAACCACGAUGGUAUCGACUACUCGAACGAAAAGGAACGACAAGAGGAGCUGAAGCGUCUUGCAGACGCAGAGCUUGCUCGGCAGAUGGCAGAGGGCAUGGGUAAGCGCGAGCGGCGUACUGUACUUCGCCAUAGCCUCGUGCCUUCCGAGAGCAAGCAUAGGACAAAGCAAAAGCAGUUGCCCAAGGCGUUACGCUUACCACGUCUAGAAGAAUGGCAAUUUUAUAACCGAAAGCGGCUCAUAGAGCUUCAUGAGAUCGAGUGCGCAAACUAUGAGCAAGCCAAGGCUGAGAUGGAAAAGCCGCCACUCCCACCUCAUGCACAAUACCUUACUAAUGAGGAGCUUGAAGAGAAGGAGCGGUUGCUAAUGGAAGGCUUUAGUGAUUGGAAUAAGCCUCAGUUUUUCCUCUUUAUCAAGCUACUUGCGCGUUACGGCCGUGGGAACAUUGAAGCUGUGGCUCGUGAGAUGAUGAAACCCUUGGAGGAGAUCGAAAAGUACUCGAAGAUAUUUCUUGCUCGUGGGCAAGAAGAGCUGAGUGACUGGCAUAAGAUCAUGAAGUCUAUCGAAAAGGGCGAGUCAAAAUUGCUUGAAAUUGAGCGUUUGACUGAGGAGACUGCGCGUAAGGUGAAGCGUUACGCGAAUCCAUGGGAGGACAUGCCGAUCAAUUAUCAAGGCAAGGGCGGCAAGGUUUAUACUGAAGAGGAGGACCGUGUGCUGUUGUGCCUGGUAAACCAGUUUGGAUACGGAGCAUGGGAUCGUAUCAAGCAGGAAAUUUGCAGCAUGGAAAUGUUUGCGUUUGACUAUUACCUUCGCUCGCGUACGGCGGCUGAAAUCGGGCGUCGCUGUGACUCGUUAAUGCGUAUUUGUGAGAAGGACAAUGCCGACUUGGAACUUCGCGAGAAAAAGGAGCACGAUAUGCGACACGUUUUGCAGGAGCAGCGAGCCAAACUUGGCCAGCAAUUAGCCGCGGCACGUGCCGAUGUGAAACAACACCAGGCUCGCGUGGAUGAACUGAUCAUGAAAGAGGCUAAGCGCAUGCAAAAACAGCGCGAAAAUAAGCGUGCGAAGAAGCGCAAGCAGCGUGACCAAAACGAGGAUAUAGUUGACCAGUACACGGAAGCACUAGUGUCUUUCUUGCUGCAAGCAACGAGUAUGGAUGCGGCUAAGGUUGCACUAGACUUUUGCGCAAAGAUUCGACAGGAAAAGAAUGACGAAUUGCAGCCGUCGUACGUGCUCAAAAAGAUCCGCCAGGUUGCGGAACUUGAUGAAAAUGCCAGUAAGGGUGCUCUUGUGUGGACGAUCAAAGCGGAGUUUUUGAAUACGGAGAAACUCGGUCAGAAGAAGGAGAAGAAAGUAGUCAAGCAGGAGCACAUGUGCGAUGUUAGCGAUGCUAUGAAAUCCGAGCAGGACGACACACGCCCCGGUCGACUGCCUAGGUCUCCAUGGUCUCCUACAGCGAUGAAGCAAAAGGUCAAGAAGGAGAAAAAGGUCAAGAAGGAGGGCUCAGUGCUGAGUAGUGUGAGGAAACCACGUAGUGCGUACGUGCUGUUCAGCGUUGCCAGUCGAGUAGAAGUGAAGCAGUCGCUGGGCAAAAAUGCCAAUUUGGUGGACGCUAUGCGCCAGAUCGCACAGACCUGGAAAAACAUGAGCCCUGAACAAAAAGUGCCAUGGAUUGAGGCGGCUAAGCAGGAUCAACUGCGCUAUGAGAACGAGAUGAACGAAACAACGGGGAUUGCUGUGAAGACUUGA